AUGGUGCAUGAGUGGUGGUUGCAGGGCAAGAUAGGUAACGUUGGAGGUACAUAGAGAGAUGAGACCCCUUCAGAUCAGUUACUAUUACCGUUUAAUAUUUUGAGAUGAAAAAAGUAUACCUGGAGUAGUUUAUGUGUAAUUAGUUUAGUACUAACUCAAAUGUAGCGGUGUAACGAUAAUGUACAGACAUGAUUGUGGGGACAUUGGUCAACAAUUGGUCAACAAAUGCUGAUAUUGUCAAAUAUGUUUCAAUAAUCAGCAUAUAUGUUUCUUAUCCGAAAAAGAUAACUGUUCUGUAGCUAUUGACCCAGGGAACGUGGAGAGCUAUGCCGCUAUUCAACCCCUUGGUGUGGCUGCGGGAGUGGCUGCGACAGAGCAGAGGCUCCCCCAGACUGGUGCUGGUGGUCGUGUGUGUUGCCCUGCUACUGGAUAACAUGCUGCUUACUGUUGUCGGUGAGUCCAGACAACCCCUCACAUACACACACAUACACACACACACACACUUUCAAAUGUGCACAUAGGCGUGUACCUUAGAUAGGGUAGUGACAUCUGCAUUGAAAAAGGGACGUCACACAUUUUGAUAUUAUCUGUAGGGCCAGCAGUGCAGCUAGCGUGACCGUGGCAUUUGCCUUUACCUGGCCUGACUUCUAGAGCACACAGAGAAUAACUUGGCGCGACAGAGAGCAGCGCGACCACAUUACCCCUCAUGGAGUAGAUCCACUGUGCACACAAGGGCCUCCCCGAUGCUGAGACAAAAGGGUUCACCUCUCUUCCUUCCGCCAGCCUUUUAAAGUGCACAGUCUCCUCCAAACCCAAGUGUGUCGUUUCUCCUGUCUCGCAGUGCCCAUCAUCCCAACCUUUUUAUAUGCCCUGGACCACCCGACACAGGACCCCUUCAUCCAGCCAAGCACACAGAGGCCCUCUGAAGAGGGCUCCAUAUUGGCCUCGGUCCACUCCUUCUACGACAACACUUCCUACAGCCUCAGGGGCUCUGAGAGCAACCUGUCUGAGGCCCUCCUCUUCAACAUCUCCAUAAACUCCAGCCAGGCGAAAGGCAGCACAUGCCAGGAGGACAGUGCCUUCUUGGACAAGGAGAAUGUUCGUGUGGGACUCCUCUUUGCCUCCAAGGCUCUGGUGCAACUUCUGAUCAACCCCUUCGUGGGUCCCCUGACCAACAGGUACAUGUUCCGGCUUCACAGCAAGUGUUUUGUGUGUGUGACAAAAUCACAGCUAGCUAGGACGGUGUUUAACUUCUCAUUUAUUGAAAAUGAAGAAAUACAAUACACCCUGGUUCUAAUCAUAUCCUUCUUUUUACCCCAAGGGUUGGAUAUCACAUACCAAUGUUUGCUGGUUUCAUCAUCAUGUUCGUUUCAACAAUAAGUAAGCGUGGCUGACACUGACACACACUUUCUAACUUUUGAUACACAGCUUCUAACUAUAUAAUAUAUUUUUUUGCCUUCUUUUUUUUUACUCUCCAAAAACAAACUUAUACGAACGUAUUACUUAUUUAUGAACAACAACAUACAGACACACAAAAACAAUGACUACAUCUCCUCUGCCCAGACCUGCAUGCAUCACACCCCCAUCCCUACUGUCUGCAUUAUUGUUUGCCAUUUGGCCUUAAAUUGUACCAAUUUGUUUUUCUCGGUCGCCCAUGCUAUUUGAAUAUUUCAAUAAUAAAUCAUUAGAUUGUUGCCAUUGUGAUGGCGGAUUGAUUGACUUCCAAGUUUUUUGUUAUACGUUUUUUCAAGAUGAGUGAUAUGAGGAGAAUCGUCCUAGCUUUUAACUUUUUACACACAGUUGAUAAUGAAAUAUAUUUGAGGUAGUGAUCGCUAAUAUACAUACCAUGACUGUUUUACAACUCCAAUGUGUCAUCUUUAAAUUUUAUUUUAUCUUACCACAGGGUAGUCAUAGUAAUGGUGUUUGUGUCUGGUGGUUGUCAGUGUUUGCCUUCUCAGGUACAUACGCCUUGUUGUUUUUUGCUCGCUCUCUUCAGGGAAUUGGUUCCUCUUUCUCCUCCGUGGCAGGUACUGUGUGUGUGUGUGUUGUGUUUUGUGUUUCACAAUAAUAUCCUAAUUCCCCAGUGUUGCAAUAGAAUAUGAACCAUUUUGUCCUAGCAUCUUAAUGUCCGAGUGAAAAGCACGUCUUCUCCUGUAGGACUGGGAAUGUUGGCCAGUGUGUACACAAAUGAUGAGGAGAGAGGCGUAGCCAUGGGGAUCGCUCUGGGUGGACUGGCCAUGGGGGUUCUCAGUGAGUUACUCCCCUUUUCUAAGAUCCUGGUGGUCCUGUGUGGCUCAGCUGGUAAAGCAUGGCACUUGUACGUUUUGGGGUCAAUUCCCACUGUGGCCACCCACACGAAAAUGUAUGCACACAUUACUACUGUAAGUUGCUUUGGAUAAAAGCAUCUGUUAAAUAGCAAAUGGUUAUGGUGAAACGUAUCUUACACUACAACAUGCCAAACUUGAAAUCUUCAAGUGGAAUAUAUGUGUAAUCAGUUACUUUUUCUUGAAAAUGUAUUUGACAGUUGGAGCCCCAUUUGGCAGUGUGAUGUAUGAAUUUGUGGGGAAGACUGCUCCUUUCUUAAUCUUGGCUUUUCUGGCAGUAUUUGAUGGAGGUAAUCAAAUCAAAAUAUUUCUUAUAAUAUUAUACCAAGAACUGAUUUAAUCUCAGUGCUAUGACUGCAUUGACUGUUUUCAAUGCUGUUUAUCUGUUAAACUCUACAUUACAGUGACCUUGUUACAGUGUAAUUAUUCCUGUAAUUACAGUGUAACAAGUAUUGUAAUUACUCAUUACAGUGUAAUAAUGAGUAAUUACAAUUCUUGUUGCACUUGUACAGUACAGUCUGUAAUUACAAUGUACUUAGGGUUACUUAGGCUGAGGGUCGGGGCUAUGGUUAGGGUUAUGGUUAGGUUCAGUGUAAUAUGAGGAAUUAAUAUACUUGUUGUUACACUGUAAUUACAUGAGUAGUUGCACAGUAAUAAGGGCACUGUAACGUAAAGUGUUACCAGAUUAUCUCUUGUGGCUAACCAAUCAGAAUGAAUGGUUUAGACAGGCAAGCUGUUUGUAUUGUUUGGAGCGGACAAGAUAUAUUCUAGGAAUGUUCCUCAAUGCCAAAUGACUGACUCUCUAAACACAGUGUUACAGCUUUGUAUACUUCAGCCAUCAAAGAUUUCACCAGGGGUGAGUAUACUUUUACCAUCUCUUUCAAGAUCAAUUUUUUUUUUACACUCUCAAAAUGAACAUAACUGAGUUGCUAAAAUCCCAAUCACUGCAAAUAGUGGGGUUAUAUCUCAAUUAAUCUUUCCUUGAUUCCUCGAAUGCUAUGUCCCACCUCCUUCACAAAAUGCAUUAGAGAAGAAGGCCUGAGGCGAGGGACCUUGGACCUUCUCUUCCAAUAAUGUAGAGUAGGAGGCAAGGACAAAUUCAGAUUGAGCCAGAGUGUGUAUGAAUCAAUGUAGUUCAAGAUGCACCGAACAGAAGCCAUCAUUGCAUUAAGUUACACAUGCUGUCUUAUUUUAGAAUGUUGACAUUUCACAACCUCCUCAAGUUAGAAAAAACUGAAGUUUGCUCUGUCUUUCUGUCUCUUCUGGCUUAACAUUUCACAUUAACUUACAGAGUGUUGAGGGCACUCCUUUGCUGACCCUACUGAAGGACCCCUACAUUCUCAUAAGUGCAGGUGAGACUGGGCCUUGACUGUUAGAAUAACAAACCAGAGAGGAAGGCUAAACACAGAGGAUGUGUCUCUAAUGGCACCCUAUUCCCUAUUAGUGCACUACUUUUGACCAGGGCCCAAUGGGUGAAGUAGUGCACUAAAUAGGGAUUACGGUGCCAUUUGGGACGCAACCAUAGUCCUAAAACAGAAGUGAGCUGACCUUGGUGCUUUGGUUUCAGGCUCUCUGUGCUUCGCCAACAUGGGAGUUGCCAUUCUGGAGCCCACGCUUCCCAUCUGGAUGAUGCAGACUAUGUGCUCUCCCAAAUGGCAGCUUGGUACGUUCCUGCGUUAUGUUUCUUUCUUUCCAAUAAAUCGUAUGGAUUGCAAUAGUCUUUCCUUUGUCUGACAGUGUUUUGCGUUUGAUUUAUAGGUAUGGCUUUCCUACCAGCAAGCAUUUCUUAUCUUAUCGGCACCAAUUUAUUUGGUUUGUUGGCUAACAAAAUGGGAAGGUAGGUUUUUGUUUAUCCUCUCCCGUUUGCCUCUAUUUGUUCCUACCUAUCAAUGAUCAAUAUGUAAAAACAUUUCACCAUCUCUUUAAUGCUAGUCACUCAGUAAAGGACAUCUCAUGUAAGCCUAUGGGGGUUGUGUGAAUCGGUGUGUUAGUGUCUAUAUAUAUACUGUGUGUGUGUGUGUGUGUGUGUGUAAGAUGAUGAUUCGCAGUAAGGAGAUGGUAUUUUUCUCUCCUCAGGUGGCUGUGCUCUAUGAUUGGGAUGUUUAUUGUUGGCGUCAGUCUCCUUUGCGUGAGUAUUAAUUCCUAUGCAGUUUUCUGGCUCUGCAAGAUCAUAAGGUAGUUCAAUGAAUAACCAUCAUAUUUCUUGUCCUAUAGGUUCCUUUUGCAAAGAACAUCUAUGGUCUUAUUGGUCCAAAUGCAGGCCUGGGGUUUGCUAUUGGUGGGUGCCAAUGUGUUAUAUAGAAACACAUAUGAAUGAUGGUCUGAAUCACCAUGACAACUAUGAACUGUCUGCUGUGUGUGUGUUAGGAAUGGUGGACUCCUCUAUGAUGGCCAUAAUGGGAUACCUGGUGGAUAUUCGCCAUGCCUCGGUCUACGGCAGUGUUUACGCCAUAGCUGAUGUCGCAUUGUGUAUGGGUUUUGCCAUUGGUGAGUGAUCAUUCCUUUGUCGUCUGCUUCUACACAAAUACAGCAAAUACAGUAAAUCACUUGAAUUGUAUGACCCAGAUACUCCCAGCCAGGUGGUCUCAGCGAUUCAACUUUGUCUAGCUUGUCUGACCCAGCAGCACCCUCUGUCUCCCGUGUUGUUGUGAUUCAGGUCCUUCGAUAGGGGGCGCCUUGGUCAGGGCCAUUGGAUUCCCUUACCUCAUGGUAUUCAUUGGCAUCAUCAAUAUCUUCUACGCUCCCCUGUGCUUCUUCCUGCGUAACCCUGCCAUCAGGGAGGAGAAGAUGGUGAGUGGUAUUUCCUAUUUGCUAUCCCCUGGCUCCAGUCAUAAUCCAGACCCACCAGAAUGUCUGGCCCAACGCGUUCUAACACAUCCUGGGAGGUGAGGUUUGCAAUCCAAUGUGUUUGUAUCAGUGCCAGGUAACAGAGAAUCAGCCCUCACAUAUAGUGGGAAGGUGUAUUAGCCAAAGGUAUAAUUGUAGAAAACAUAGUGCCUCUUAUUGAUGUGGGUUUUUACCGAAUAAUUAUGACCAUGGUUUCAAAGAUGAUGGUCAUGCACUUCAAAGAUACAGUCAUAACAGAAAAUAUAAGGAAUAAAUUAUUUAAAAAUAAUAAUAAUAAUAAUAAUAUUAUGAAAUCCAAAUAAUUAUUUAAUAAUAAGAGUAUAAGAGUCAAAUAUGAAAACAAAGAUGAUUUCCUACUAUUGUAAAAUAAUUGUAUCCCCCGAAAUCAGGUAAUUUCUUACGGCCCAUGAUAAUGUUUUACAAAUGUCUUGUGUGUCUUGUAGACCAUCAUAGACCAGGAGUGCCCUCUGCACAGGAAGAGCUACAACACACAGAAGGAGUGUCGAGAGUUCCCUUUGAGUGACGAGAGCGAGGAGGAAACGGAGGAGUAACAUGCUCUUUGACAACACGACACACACAUUUAUUUUAAAUUUAUUUUGACAGUGAAAGAGCAGAGGCAUUGUGAUGUCUCUAAAUUGUUGAUAUUGCCUUUGAAUUGACAUGAAGUCUAGAAAAGGCAUUUGGUGUCACACUUAUCUGUAUUCAACGUUUCCUAAUGACCUCAGUACUUAGUUUAUUACUUGAAAUAACAAACAAUGGCCCCUGUGUUUUUAAUAUGGCAUGUAUAGUGACAGUAGUGUUUGCAUUUUAUUUAUUGAAUCCAAGUUGUCUGAUGUGUGUGUGUGUGUGUG